CCUACUGCCCUCAAACCACGCCAACCGCCGCCGAAGAAAGUCCGUGUCUACGAAACGCCCGCGGCUCCACAUUUUCGCAGCGCAACUCAGGCGCAACUGGUCCAGAGUCUGCACGCCCGCUGCGAACGGCAGCGGCUUCGCAGGCGUCUGCGGGCCCUGAGGCCUGAGGCCUGAGCUGCAUCUCUCCCGCGUUCCUCAGCGGCCAUGCGAUGCGGGGAAGAUGGCGUCUCCGCUGACGUACAGGGCCAUCCCCGGCUACCCCUUACCAGCUUGCGCCCCUCCGUGAGGCCCGGAGAGGACGUUCGCGACGGGUCGUGCUCAGGAGAGCUGUCGCCGCCAGGUUAUCGCGGCCAGCAAUGUCGGCUCAUGAGCUCAUCAAUUCUGAAUCUGAUCAACACAAGCGCAUGCCCAGGGCCACAGUGCCCGCUUCGCCCAGCUCCGGGCAGCGCAAUUCGUCGACCACCUCCCCUAUGGAUCCCUCUCCCUGUCACAUCUAGCCUCCCGGCCUCCGCAGGCCCUCGUAAGCCCCUCUCCACCCACUGGCAGGACACACCCAGCCCGAAGCCGUGCUUCCGAGGGCGUCCUGUGCGACCGGACGUAAGCACGCAUCCACACCCGCGUCGCCGUCCAAUCCGCCCAGCCCCCACGCUGCUUCUGGGCUGCGCGAAGCACCCGCAGCCCGGCCGCCCCUGGUUCCCCGCAUCCACUACCCACUCUGUUGAUCGCACGCCCCGCAUCCAUCGCGCUACUUAUCGCCAUCGAUCGCGGGGUAGCCUGGGGGGCCGCGCGCCGCGGCCGGCCACUAGCGCGCCCCGCACCCCGCACCCCGCAUGCUCUUCGGCCCCCCGUUCCUGUCGACGUUCGGGUGCCAGUGACUUAGCUCUGUACCUCCCGCGGGCUGCGUCCUGCAGGCUGCCAGCGUCCUGCAGGGCUAGCCCCGCAACGCCGGCUCCAUCAUACUCUCGCCCCACCGACGGCCUGAUGGGAGGGGACGCAUUUGGGCGGCAUGAGAACGCACGCACGGAUCCAGUGCGCCCGGCCUUUGGUAAGCUGCUCUUAUGUAGCACAUACGUACUGCAUCCCGAUCGCGCACGGUAUGACGCCGCGGAGGGAGGGUAAACCGUUCCCCCCGUCCAGGCUACCGAAGCGACCGAGAGUGAGAGCGCGCGCGAUCUCUGCCGCAAACGUGGCUGGCUCACGACACACGGACACGCACGAACCACCGACCUUCAUAGAGACGCGCUGACCAUAGAC